AUGCUGAAAUGUCAGAGCUGCCUGCGGAGUAACCUCACCAUAUUCCUCUCCAUCCACACACCGCUUCCACCCCACCGCGGGGGAGUGCGUGCUAAAUCCACCGUCACAAAAUCGGCCACCGCCUACCGCCCACGGUCCAACGAACCCCGCCACCGGUCCAACGAGCCGGUACGCAACACAGCAAGAUCAAUUCUCAACCGUCCGCCGGACCGGCGGGUGCUGCUGCUCUAUGACCAGGGACGCAAACUCGAGACGCGGGAUCCGCGCGAGGUGAUGGGGCAUGUCGAACGUUUUCUGGCGCAUGAAGACGUCGCCAGGGCGCAUCGGAUUCUGGAACAGGCGUCCGGGAGGAUUGGCACUGUGGCGGCGUGGAACACACUCAUACGACACUCGAUGGAGAAGCAACAGCCUGCCAGGGCACUGAGGUUCUACAAUGAUAUGAAGAAGCGGGGUGUGAAGCCGGAUUCCUAUACCUAUAGUCACCUCCUCAGCGGGUUUGCGUGGCAGAAGGAGCCAAAGCCUGUAUACGCCACUGAAGCGCUCAAGAUUUACGACCACCUUUGCAAUAAGAAUGAUGAGAUCAAGCCGGCUAUUAUUCACACGAACGCUUUACUUUCGGUAUGUCUCAAGUGCGGCGACAUGGACAAAGCCUGGAAGAUUAUCUCCCAACUGCCCGACGCAGGACCAGGCUCUCCCGACGUGACAACCUACACCAUCUUCAUCCGGGGCCUCUCCGGAAAGGGUGAUGAGUCGAUCGCUGACGGAAAGCGAGCGUGGGCCGGUAUUCUGAGUCGCUGGGCCAACGGAGAUCUCAAGGUCGACGAGUACCUGGUGAACGCAUAUCUGGAAAUGCUCUGCUCGGCUACAUCUCCUUCGCACUGGCGGGAAGUCUUCGUCAUCGCUAACCAGAUGUACGGCAUCCAACUCCCGGCCGAUUUCAUCGAGAAAAACCCUCUCCUGCCAUUGAUCUCGCGGAAACACGACUUCGAUGAUGAGCGGCCCAUUCCCGACGACUUCUCACUGGGUAUUCUCCUCAGAGCCGCCGAAAAGAUAAAAAACUUCCCAUUGGCGGUCCACAUCUGGAAAGAGAUCACCACCACGCACAGAGUCACCCCAGGGCCGAUCCCCACGCACCUCUACCUCCGCUGUGCCUCCAUCUGCCACGCCGGCGCCGCAGCCGCGGACAUGAUCGAGAACCCGCCGCGCCGUGUUGAACUCACCGAGUGGAACUACGUACUGGCACUCCGGGCGUGCAUUACCUCUGGCGGGCCGCAACAAUCCUACCUCAGCGGCGACCGAAUCCUGACGGUAGCCGAGAACAACGGCAAAGCCGGACUCCUGGUCGCGCGAACAUUCCUGCUGGUCGCGCUGACGUCCAUGGACGCAAAAAUCAUCAAGCGCGCCGUGCUCCGCAUCGAGAAGUUCACCAAACCGUCGAACCUCGACAGCUGGCGCGAAAGCUCGCUGGACCUCCCGCGCGACCGCGCCGAGGCCGCGAAGCUGUUCGUUGCUACACUCAAAAAGGCCGUCUUCUGGGAUUGCAUCGUUUGGGGCCGCUUCGAGGAGUCUAGAUGGAUGGAUAAAUUCCGCGAUGUCAAGAGGACACUGCGUGCCUGGGACGAGCUGGCGCAGGAGAAGGAGUUGCUCGAGGAGGAGGACGAGGACGAGGCGGACGAAAGGGAGAACUUCGGGAUCUUUGCUGCUGCCGCCGCCGGCGCAAGGCCGAAGGAGAGGAAGGUGCACGUUCGAUACAUAGCCGAGAAGAAGGUGGAGGUGAUGACGGAAGCAGAGAAGAAGAAUCCUGAGGUCAGACUGCCAAAGGUCAUGGCGGAGCUCAAGAGGUUCUCGUCGAGGCAGAGGCAGAGCUAUAUCAACAGCUUGUAG